GAGUUUGCUCCUCUAGGUUGCUGAGUGGGGGACGCGCUCCGCUCAGCUCAGCUCGGGCUCCGGCCUCUCGGACGCUGACACUUUGGUCGGAUCUUUCAAUCUCAGUGCAGGAUCUCUCUUGGUCUUAAAGAGAGUGGACGAUUGAGGAGGAUUUAUUUCAUAACCCAUCGGGAACAAGAAGGAGUCGCCGAGCGCCUGUGGAUUAUAAUUUGAGUUGUUUUUUUCCCUUCUCUUUCUGGAGUCAGGAAACCGUUCGCAGCAAGCUGAACGAUUCCUGCCCUGCGCUGCUUGUUUUCUCUCUCUCCCCCACCCACCCCGGUCUGGAAUUUGGGAUGGUGUGGUGGGCUAUGAUGAUAUAGCAUGAAGUCUGGAGGAUGGGAGCGAAUAAUGGCAAACAGUGCGGCAGUGAGGGCAAAGGCAGCUCAAGCAUCUCAUCCGACGUGAGUUCAAGUACGGAUCACACGCCGACCAAAGCCAGAAGGAAUGCAGCUACCAGUGAAGAUUCAGACUUGAGUAUGCGGACAUUGAGCACACCAAGCCCUGCACUGAUCUGUCCUCAGAAUGUGCAAUCUUUUCAAAAUGGCCAAGGAUCCUCCACUUCAUCCUCUUCAGUCACAGGGGAGACUAUUGCUAUGAUCCACUCCCAGCCGCUGUUCCUUAUACCCCAGUGUGCCAUCAGGCCAGCGUCAAGGCUGCAGAAAGAACAGGCUCCCAUUGACAGGCUACCAGACCAAACCUUGAUCCAGAUGUUUUCACACCUCCCCACCAACCAGCUAUGCCGAUGCGCACGUGUCUGCCGGCGCUGGUACAACCUGUGCUGGGAUCCACGAUUGUGGAGGACUAUUCGUCUGACAGGUGAAACAAUGAAUGUGGACAGAGCUCUGCGGGUACUCACCCGAAGAUUGUGUCAGGAUACACCUAAUGUAUGCCUCAUGUUGGAAACAGUCAUCGUUCAAAGCUGCAGGCGGCUUACAGAUAGGGGCCUCUACACCAUUGCUCAGUGCUGCCCAGAGCUACGGCAGCUAGAAGUGCCAGGCUGUUACAAUAUCUCUAAUGAAGCACUCUAUGAUGUUGUUUCCCGGUGUCCCAACCUGGAGUACCUGGAUGUUUCAGGUUGUUCCAAGAUAACCUGCAUUAGUCUGACAAGGGAAGCUUCCAUCAAACUCUCUCCACUUCACGGAAAACAAAUCUCCAUACGCUACCUGAAUAUGACAGAUUGUUUUGUACUUGAAGACGAGGGUUUGCAUACGAUAGCAGCUCACUGCACCCAGCUGACCCACCUCUACCUACGCAGGUGUAUACGUGUCACAGACGAGGGCCUCCGCUACCUGAUGCUUUAUUGCACAACAAUCAAAGAACUGAGUGUUAGUGACUGCCGUGCAGUGAGUGAUUUUGGGAUGAGAGAGGUGGCAAAAUUGGAAGCACACCUGAAGUAUCUCAGCAUUGCUCACUGUGGCCGGAUCACAGACGUGGGUAUCCGCUAUGUUGCCAAGUAUUGCAGCAAACUGCGUUAUUUGAAUGCACGGGGUUGCGAAGGAAUAACCGAUCAUGGGAUUGAGUACCUUGCCAAAAAUUGCACAAAACUGAAAUCCCUAGAUAUUGGGAAGUGUCCAUUAGUUUCGGAUGCAGGCAUGGAGUUUUUAGCAUUGAACUGUUACAACCUGAAGCGACUUAGUCUUAAGUCGUGCGAGAGCAUCACUGGCCGUGGUUUAAAGAUUGUCGCCGCCAACUGCUUUGAGCUUCAGAUGUUGAACGUACAGGACUGUGACAUCUCUGUUGAGGCAUUGCGGUUUGUCAAACGCCAUUGCAAAAGAUGUAUUAUAGAACACACCAAUCCAGCCUUCUUCUGACAGGAUGUUCAACAGUGAAACAGAACAGACCAUAGAUUGUAAAGACUCAAAUUUUAUUUGCUUCUUUUCUUCUCCUCAAUUCAAAUAUUUAGUUCAUUUCCACAUUGUAAACUAUUACUCUAUUAUGACUGAAAGUCAUGGUAAUGAAAAUAUUUUUCUUUUUUCCUCUAUGACGUGCACAUUUUUGAAUGCCAAAUCUACAGAAACCAGUGUCCAGAGGCAUAAACUAAAUAUAUUCAAACUUUUUAAGUUGCUGGAAGAAUUGAUCAGAUUUCAUAUCAUGCCUUAAAUCGGCCACUGGGAUAUGAAACAGAAAUAUUCAGUACGCCACUUGCCACCUAUUUUUCAAUUUUCUUCAAAUGAAGCACUAACUAUGUUUUACUUGAUAUCCCACCAUAAUAUUAGAUCCUGAUGGGGAUGGAUGCUGUCACUUUCUGUUUGUUUUAACAUGGAAGAUUCUGAAUAAUAUUGCAUUUCCGUGCUUUUAUUUCAUUUUUUAAAUUAAUAAAAGGAAAUGUAAUUAUCCU